AUGCGCCUUCAACAGCCCUGCGGGACUGGAACACCUGUUCUCCAGACCACAACUGCCUCUUUGCAGGAGAUGCCUAGUGAUACCCCCGAUAAUGCCACCGGCGAUGUGCCCAAGAAAACUGCCAUCAUCGGCAUGUCCUGCCGCUUGCCAGGAGAUGUUUCGACGGCCGAAGAGUUCUGGGACCUCUGCUCACGAGGCCGAAGUGCCUGGUCGCCAAUCCCGAAGACCCGUUUCAACCCUGAUUCCUUCUAUCACCCUGAUCCCGAUCGACCAGGCUCUUUCAACCCAGUAGGAGCUCACUUUCUGAAAGAAGACAUUGGCCUAUUCGAUGCGCCAUUUUUCAACAUUACACUUCAAGAGGCACGAUCAAUGGAUCCGCAACAGCGCAUUUUCCUCGAAUGUGUCUAUGAAGCACUUGAAAACGCUGGUAUCCCGAGCCAUGAAAUCACCGGACAAAAGGUGGGAGUCUUUGCAGGCGGCUCCUUUCCCGACUAUGAAAUCAACAACACCAGAGAUAUCUCCGCAAUCCCCAUGUAUGCUGCCACUGGAACGGCUAUGGCAUUGCAGGCGAAUCGUAUUUCGUAUUAUUUCGACUUGAAUGGGCCUAGUGUGACGGUCGACACAGCUUGCUCUUCCAGCUUGUCUGCUUUGCAUCUAGCUUCUCAGAGUCUUCGAAACGGUGAAUGUUCGAUGGCCAUUGUGGGAGGAUGUCACCUGAAUAUAAUUCCCGAGGCUUUCGUCUCGAUGACGCGUUCUAGACUACUCUCCGACACUGGUCGUUCAUAUUCAUUUGAUCACCGUGGCACUGGCUUUGGCCGUGGUGAAGGUGCUGGAUGUAUUAUAUUGAAAUCUCUCGAGGACGCUGAGGCCGCUGGAGACGCCAUCCGAUCUGUAAUUAUCAACAGUGGUCUCAACCAGGAUGGACGGACCAGAGGUAUUGCCAUGCCCAAUGGCAAAGCACAGGAGGCAUUGAUUCGUCAAGUCUAUAAAGAGGCACGUAUAGACCCUUCCUUGACAGGAUUUGUGGAGGCCCACGGCACGGGAACCAAAGUUGGUGACCCCUUGGAAGCCACUGCACUGAAUGCCGUCUUUGGAAUAGGACGGACUCCGCGUCAGCCAUUGCUUGUCGGGUCUGUUAAAUCGAACAUUGGUCAUACAGAAGGAACGAGUGGUGUUGUUUCUGUGAUCAAAGCAGCCCUGGCACUUGAGCGAGGCUUCGUACCUCCAAACUGCAAUUUUGAGAAAGCAAAUGAUGAGAUACCCAUGGAAAAAUGGAACAUGAAGGUUCCCAAGAAGCUGAUGCCAUGGCCCCGUGGGAAACCAUACGCCAGCGUGAACAACUUCGGCUUUGGCGGGACCAAUGCCCAUGUUAUUCUACAGCGUGGUCCCCGACACGAAGGCGAACUUGCAGUAAAUAAUGAUCCUCUGAAGCGCAAGCUGUACGUUGUUUCUGCGUACGAUAAACAAGCUGCUGUUCAGCUUGGAAAAUCCAUCGGAGCGUAUCUCGACCUUUACCCAGUGAUUUUCAACGACAGCACUUUAGAUAACAUGGCCUAUACACUGGGGCAGCGACGAACAUUCCUGCCAUGGAGAUUGGCAUCGUCUGCAAUCCUUGGACAAGAGCUGACUGCAUCGUUGGCUACCGAUGCAGUGCCUCUUCGUUCUUCCAAAGAGCCCACCGUCGGCUUCGUGUUUACUGGACAAGGUGCGCAAUGGCACGGUAUGGGCAAAGAACUUCUGAGCACCUACCCGGUUUUCCAGCAAACCAUGAAAGAUGUGGAUGCUUGCUUGAAAUCCCUCGGCGCUACGUUCUCAAUUAUAGAUGAAUUGCUCUUGACUGACCCCAGCGCAAGCUCUAUCUCUGCCGCAUAUAUGAGCCAGCCCGCUUGUACCGCAGUUCAGCUAGCGCUAGUUGAUUUGCUGUCCUCCUGGGGUAUUCGCCCCAAGGCAGUGGUCGGUCAUUCUAGCGGAGAGAUUGCAGCUGCUUAUGCCGCAGGCAUUUUGAACCUCGAAGAAUGUGUUUGUGUGGCGUACUCUCGUGGUGUCGCAGCCAACCUGGUUGCAAAUGACAAGUCCAUUAAGGGAGGUAUGUUGGCGGUUGGAGCUAGUGCCUCAGACAUUCAGCAAAUCUUGGAUGCCAUGAGAGGGAACGAGGCAGUGAUUGCCUGUGUGAACAGCGAGUCAAGUGUGACCCUGUCUGGAGAUGCGGAGGUCAUUGGCGCCCUGCAGACUGCCCUGGACAAAGAAGGGAUCUUCACACGAAGACUGCAGGUUGAAGUUGCUUACCACUCUCACCAUAUGAAGUCUGUGUCACUGGAGUACCGAUCGCUGCUCGGCAAGAUUGCGCCUCGGGACUCCGAGGUUCCAUUCCAUUCAACCGUUUACGGAAAACUAGUGCCAGGGAGCACUUUGGAUGCCUCCUACUGGGUGGAUAACCUGGUCUCCCGUGUGGAGUUUGUGGAGGGUCUGAAAAGUCUUGUGACCGAUGAGCAGGCAAAUACGCCAAUCAACACAUUAGUAGAAAUUGGCCCUCACCCUGCCCUACAAACACCCGUCAAAGACAUUGCCCAGAAAUACGCCCCGAACUCCAAUGUGCAAUACCUUCACACCUUGAGACGGAAGGUAGAUGACAUUGAGGCUGUCCAAAACCUCGCUGGCUCGCUGUUCACACAAGGUAUGAAUCUUGACUUCAAGGCUAUCAACUUCCCAAACUUGGAAACUUCGACAAGGAAGCCAGCUGUUUUGACAAAUCUGCCCAAAUACCCGUGGAACCACUCGGAAAGAUAUUGGUUUAGCUCACGGUUGGGUGAUAACCAUUUCCAUCGUCAAUUCCCUCGGAGUGAUAUCCUUGGCUCAUUGUGCAUGGAGAACGUCGACUUUGAGCCUCGAUGGAGAAACAUUAUUCGUGCAGAGGACCACCCUUGGAUCCGUGAGCACAGAGUACAUGAUCGCACUGUGUAUCCAAUGACCGGAUUUUUGGCUAUGGCCAUGGAGGCUAUCUCGCAACACGCACAGCUGCACCAUGUUACCCCCGGAAAGAUUGAUCUGCGCGAUAUCUUCAUUAGCCGUGUUCUCACCAUCCCAGAUAACUCAUCAGUGGAGACAAUGCUUAGCUUGAAACCAUCCCGAACGGAAGCUCCCAGCAAAUCAGUACUCGGCUGGCACGAGUUCAAAGUUUUCUCUUGGGCCGAAGGUCGAGGCUGGGAUCAACAUUGCAAUGGUUUCAUCAUGGUGCAAGAAGCCAAGGACGUCAAUCCUGUCGAUGGCCCCCGACAACAGCUGGAGAAGACCGCACGCUUCGCUAACCAGUCAUUGAACAUGCGCAAUUCAUGCAAUGUGCCCGUGGACAGCAAGUUCCUCUACGAGAACAUCACCAACGGUGGUGUCCAUUACGGUCCCCUUUUCCAAGGACUGACCGAUAUCGCUGUGAGCAGGGAUAACAAAGCAAUGGCUACCCUCCGUAUCCCAGACACCAAGGUAGCGAUGCCCCACGGCCAUGAGACCCCGUGUAUUGUGCACCCUGUCACGCUUGAUCUGUGUAGUCAAGUCAUGUGGAUCCUUUGUGGUUACGGCGAGCCUGGGCCGCAAAUUACCCAUGUGCCCUCGCAUGUCAAGCAGGUGUCGGUUUCUUUGUGCCACGACCUCACUACUGGUACUGUACUGCAACUCUAUGGUAGCAAGUCAGGGAAUGAAUCCGCAAGCGACCCUGAGACCAAUCGCAUAUUCGCCACUCUUCCCAGCGACCCAGCGAAUUUGCUCAUUGACAUCAAUGGUAUCACUUUGGUGCCAGUAUCAAACGAUAUAAAAGGCUCGAAGGAUAGUUCGCCUGAUCAAAUUUGCUACAAGAUCCAAUAUGAGCCUUGCUUCGAUUUCCUCUCCGCCGAAGAUUAUCGAAAGCUCCCUCGCCCCGAGACUGAUACGGCUCGAGGCCUUGAACGAAUGCACCAACUCGAAUCCGUGGCAGAGCACUACCUUGCACAGAUGGCCAAGUCUGUCACAGAAGACGAGGUCUCUACCUUCGAGCCCCACCACCAGAAAUUCUAUCGUUGGGCCCAGAACACUUGCCGAAACGCGGGUACCAAAUAUCCCUUGCCCCUUGACGUUCUCGAACAGAAUAGAAUUGUCAACGGAGCAGGUGAGUUGACAUUCAGAGUGGGAGAGUUGCUUCCUCAAAUUCUUAGGGGCAAGGUAGACGCCUUGACUGUCCUCCUGGAGGAUAACGGAAUCGACAAACACUACCGUGACCUUGACGCCCUUCGGGAGGCCUACGCAAAUGCCUCCGUCUGCAUCGAUAAGAUGGCACACCAGAACCCUGAACUCAACAUCCUUGAGAUUGGUGCUGGAACAGGUGGUGCCACCAUGCCUAUUUUGCAGAGCUUGGGCGGAGGCGAAGCAGGAUCCACGCCUCGGUUUGGGCACUACACCUACACCGACAUCUCUCCCGGCUUCUUCGAAAAAGCUAAAGCCAAGUUCGAGAACUGGGGACACCUAAUGACAUACCAGACGCUAGACGUGUCUACCGACCCCACUGGGCAAGGCUUUAGUAAUGGCACAUUUGACGUUGUAGUCGCUUGCAACGUGCUGCAUGCUACUUCGGAUAUUAGCCAAACAAUGUCAAAUAUUAGAGCUCUCCUGAAGCCUGGUGGCAAGAUCCUACUCAUUGAGGAGACUGUCCCCAAGGCACGCCAUUUCCCAUUCGUGCUCCUUCCUGGGUGGUGGCUGGCCAAUGAUAAAUUCCGCAACAACGGACCACUCCUCACCGUCGAAGGAUGGAAUAACGUGAUGAUGGAGAAUGGCUUCUCUGGAGUUGAUCUGUGUGUUGAGGAGUACCCUGGAGCAUCUUUCCAAUCUGGUUGUCUCAUGACUUCCACCGCUACUAGCCCAACUAUCGGUCCUGCAAGCGCCGGUGAUGUUGUGAUUCUUGGCAUUGACUCGCUCGGCAGCGUAUCGUCCCUCAGCCUUGAAUCUGGUCUCAGGAAGAUGACUGGCGUUGACCCCAUCACUGCUAUGGACUCCGAUGAGCUUGAUGUGACCGGGAAAUGGUGUAUUUUCCUUGGGGGAAUGGAUCGCUCGAUCCUGUCUCACCUCACUCAAGAAAAGUUCCAGACACUGCAGCGUCUUCUGAGCCGGGCUCGAGGUCUGCUGUGGGUUGUUCGUCAUACCAAAUCUGAUCUUGAAUCCCUCGGCGCGAACAUGGCAAUCGGACUGGCUCGCACUGUGAGAUCCGAGACUGGCCUCCAGUUCGCCACGCUUGACCUGGGAGAACGGGAGAACAUGCCUGAUGCUGAGGCCGUACGACACAUGCUCAAUGUAUUCAACGGAGUCUUCUGCCAGACAUCGCAGCUGACUAAGAACGACUGGGAGUUUGUUGUCCGAAAUGGCAAUGUUUGUGUCCCGCGCUUGAUCGAUAACAACGUGUUGAACCUCAGUGUCCAGCAAGAGACACCAGAUGCGCCUCCCCAAAUGCAGCCUUUCAAACAAGAUCGGGCUUUGCGACUUGCUGCCGGAGACGGCAGGGGUCUCGAUGAGCUUUACUUCACAGAUGAUGUUUCCCGCAAUGGGCCCCUACCAGAAGACCACAUUGAGAUCCAGGUCCACAGCACUGGUCUCAAUUUCAGAGAUGUCUUGAUGGCAAUGGGCCAACUUCAAGGUGACAGACUCGGGCAGGAAUGUAGUGGAAUCGUGACUCAAGUGGGAGCUGCGGUAUCCGACUUCAAGAUUGGAGAUAGAGUCUGUGCGAUGUCACCAGGUUCAUUGUCAACCUUCACUCGCUGCCCGGCCUCUGGAUCUUGGGCAAUUCCCGAAGAUAUGCCUUUCGAGAUCGCAGCUUCAAUUCCAGCUGUGUUCUGUACUGCCUACUACUCUCUGAUUGACCUGGGACGAUUGGCUAAGGAUGAGAGUGUCUUGAUCCACGCCGCUGCGGGAGGAGUUGGCCAGGCUGCGAUUAUCAUCGCCCAGAGCGUUGGGGCUAAUAUCUUCGCAACUGUGGGCAGUAUUGAGAAGAAAAAAUUCCUCAUGGAAACUUACCAGCUCAAGGAAGAACAUAUCUUCUUCAGUCGUGAUUUGUCAUUUGCACAAGGUAUUCAGCACGCCACUGGUGGUCAGGGUGUUGAUGUUGCUCUCAACUCGCUUAGCGGCGAUGCUCUGCAAGCUACAUUCGAGUGUGUUGCGCCGUUUGGUCGCUUCAUUGAACUCGGCAAGCGGGAUAUUACGACAAACUCUCGACUGGAGAUGGCUCACUUCAACAAGAACAUCUCCUUCGCAUCUGUCGACUUGGGAAUCGUUAGAGAGAAGCGUCCGCAAUUGACGAAGCGGCUGCUGCGUGAUGCGUUUAAGCUGUUUGUCGACACCAACGCCCAGUCCAGGUGGUCCGUCACCACUCUUCCCAUCUCAGACGUUGAGGUUGGAUUCCGGGCCCUGCAGGGUGGCCAAGUGAUUGGCAAAAUGGUUGUCCAGGUCACGGAUGACUCCAUGGUCAAGGUUCACCCCGCUAGAAGAGAAGAAAAUCUUCUCCGUCCAGAUGCUUCAUAUAUCAUCGUUGGUGGAACCGGCGGUAUCGGUCUCGAUAUUGCCAGUUGGCUGCCAGAGAAAGGAGCCAAGAAUCUUAUUUUGGUUUCUCGAAGUGGUCCUAAAACUGAAAAGGCGGAGCAGACUAUUCAGGAUCUUGCUCGCCAGGGUGUCAAUGUGGAAGUCUGUCGCUGCGAUGUGGCGGACAAGCAGAGCGUGGAGAAAAAUCUUGUUCCGCUCCUCGCUCUCAUGCCUCCCGCUCGUGGUGUUGUAUUCGGCGCUAUGGUUCUCCGGGAUACCCUCUUUGAAAAGCUCAGUUUCGCGGAUUACCAGACCGUGAUGAUGCCCAGAGUCCACGGAAUUUGGAACCUUCAACGAGCGUUGACAAGCACUAAUGGCAGCCUGGAUUUCUUCGUCAGCUUGUCGUCAGCCGCCAGUUUCGUUGGUAAUAUGGGCCAAUCCCCCUACGCAGCCAGUGGAACCUUCAUGUCGGCGCUCGCUCAGUACCCCGAGACAGCUAAGAUGCGUUGUUCGACAAUUGAUCUACCCAUCGUACGUGGAAUUGGAUAUCUCUCUGAUGACCAGAAGCGCGAGGUAAUCUCUAAACAACUGGGCACGGAAUCCGUCGACGCAACAGAAAUCCGUGGCCUUGUGACUGCAGCAAUUCGCAACGAGUUUGACCUUUCAUGCGAGGGACACUGCGUAGUUGGUUUCGAAGGCGUCAAAUCUACACCGGUCAACGAACAACCCUUCUGGGUAACCGAUACCAAACUGUCGCACCUGUUGCGCCUUUCCACUCUCGCUGGCGCGGGUGAAUUGGCAGAGUCCGCGCAGAACGGCACGGAGAUUGCGCCGGCAGUUGCUAUCCGCCAAUCCAAGGCUCGUGAAGGAGCCGAGGCCAUCGUUGGCGCUGCCGUGCUGAACAAGAUCUCUAGCAUUCUUAUGCGUCCGAUUGAAGACCUUGAUCCCGCUGCGCCUAUCACGGUUUAUGGUCUGGAUUCGCUUGUCGCAAUUGAGAUCAGAAACUGGAUCACCCGCGAGUUGGAAGCUAAUUUGCAGAUCCUGGAGAUUUUGACCAGUGAAUCUAUCCCGGCUCUUUCUGAGACGAUUCUCAAAAAAUCGGGGAUACUUCCUCCAGACCUGAAGGCUGAGUGGGGGCUCGAUGUGGUUGAAGGCCGAACCGGCCAAGAAUGA